AUGAUGCCGGGAGUUGAAGCCAUGCAGAUGCAGGCCGCACCACCCAGAAAACGUGCCCAACGCCAAACGUCAUCAUGCCUUGAGUGCCGUCGUCGCAAGCAAAAGUGUUCUCAAGGACAACCAUGCACGAAUUGUUUUCGCCGGUUUCCCACCCCUGAAUGCAUAUACGAGGUUAAAUCUUCAAGAAGACCCUCCCCUUUGACCCCACGACCCCAGUUACCUACAAUCGCCGAUAUACAAAAUGGACCAUACUCCCAUCUCAACCCAGCUGCCAUGCAGAGUGCUCUCCACUAUAUUGGCGACCAACCACCCAGUUCAGCUUCCUCGCCGAGCACUUUGCCUCCACCAAUAGCAAGUCCAUCUACAGCCUUAUCAACGCCAUCAGCAAGAAAUCUCUGGAGACCCUACCUGACACAUGCAUCACCUGAUGGUGAUACUGAUAAGACAAUCACGAAGACGAUUCAGCUCAUCAAGGAACAAAGCAUCAAAAGCUUUAAACGCAGUUUUCUCGAAGAGGGGGGCAUUAGAGUAGAAUCAUGGGGCCGUAUGGUGAUGGGUCAUUCUAUUGGCGGCUCCAUGACACAGCUCAACUACCUUCCCAUGAGGCCAACGAAGCUAAACAAGGAUCUUGUCCGAAUUCACCUGUCACUACUGUCACGAUUCAAAUGCUCAAUAGACGGGCAGCCAGACCCUACGAACGAGUUCAUGAACAUAUGGGUUCCUUGUACUAUGCAGGAUCCUCUGCUCCUGCAAAUCGUCCUGUUCACGUCAGCAUGUUUCCUCACUGAGACUGGCGAUAUGCCCAAGAAGUUACGGCAGAUAUACCAGGGCCAUGUUUACUUCAUGCUCAACAAACAGCUGAGGGAUGAAAACGCCCGGGGAAAUGAUACAUUAUUGCUUGCCGUUGUACAGAUGAUCGCUGAUUCCUGGUACUGGGGCGAGACAGAUCAACUAACGCUUCAUCUUUCAGGAUUGAAGCGUAUGGUAAGGAUGAGAGGUGGGCUAGGCGAGCUUGGUUUACGUGGCUAUCUGGCCAAAAUGAUACUGAUUCAUGAUAUCGGCAUGGCACUGGCACAUGAGAUUACGCCCUCCAUAUACGGUCACCCUGGGUUCCCAUUUCAUGACCCAAAGAGGACGCCGAUCAAGACUCUAUACAACACGCCGUUCUUAUGCAACUGGCAAUCUUUCAGAGAAUGUUCGAACUCCUUACAAUUACAUCCUAGCACCGCCGAAAUACUCGACACCGUGAGAAGCCUAUUCUGCGCUAUCGUAUCACUUCCGAGAGACUCAUCUCCCGAACAAAUCCAGACAGUCCGUGUCACCGCCACUAGUCUUCAUGACAAAAUACUCAAUCGCCCGGAAAACGCUCCAUCUUUGCAAAGUUCUUGCAAUCCUUCCCGAUCGAGCUCAGUCGAGAGUCCGGACCAAUCUCCUUGUUCAUCCAGGACUGAUAAGUCCUCCUCCCCCGCUACCAAUCUUCCAGAUAGGAUGUAUAUUGUUGUGCGGAAGAUCGCUCUGAUCUACUGCAAGGCGGUUGCGACUCGCUCCCCAAUCAGUUCUGCUUGUUCUGAAGAGGAUAUCAACGAGAUUUGGUCUGCCAUCUGGGUUUCUGGAUUGCCGACUUGGAAAUCAAUCCUUGGCGUCUUCGUAUGGGUUAUGAUCCCGCUUUCUACUAACUGCCAUAAGACUAAAUUCGGACGUCUCAUCAAAACAUUGACCAUCUCUACAAUGAUGUCUCUUGGAAUGGACGACUGGCAUCUUUUCCUCGAUGCCAUGAUAACGGCCUUUCGAAUCCAGAGAUGGCUGACAGAAGGAGAUGACGACAGUAGCACAAAGCAACUUAUAGGAGGUCGGGCGGUGGUGGAUCAGUACGACAAGUUCGCGAUGGAUGGUGCUUUUCCAGAACAUCCUCUUCCGACAGAAGACGAGCUGUGA